AAAUGUGUGUCUCGCACCGGGUUGUGGUAAUGAUGCUGCUGCAGCAACUAAAUCUCUCAAAAAAUAGACGCUUGUGAUUUGCCUUUUGUUUUACGGGCAGCUCAAACCUUAAACGUUGCCAUUACAACCAUAAACUUUGUGUCAGCAGACUGAACUAGUCGUGGCUAACGGCUGUUUAUGUAGUUCUGUUAGCUAGUCUGUAGCGGUGUGAAUGGUUUCAGCCUUAACGUAACGUACUGUUAGCAAAGUUGCCACGUUUUAAAUAAAACAACGUCGCGACUAAACACACAAGUGUUACAGCGUGAAACAACGCGUUAUGUAGCCAUAUGAUGUAACUACAAGUGUGCAUUGUCUCUCUGACGUGCUCGCUGACCGGUAACACAGUGGUUACCAAUGGAGACAGGAGACGCCUGAUCAGAUUUAACUUAGCUAACGUUAGCUAGGUCAGCUAGCCACCCUGAAAUUUAACGCUACCAAGAGAGAGUCAACAUGGCUACAAAGCUGAAGGGCAAAUCAUCCAAAAGUUCAUUUGGAGAUGAUGAUUUCCUCGACAGCUUAUUUGAUGAUGAAAAACACCCAGUAAGGGGGAAAACAACCCGCAGUGGACAACUGAACCGCUCUUUUGCCACUGAUAACAUCUUCAGUAUGCUAGCAGAGGAGGUGAAGAGGGAUGGAGGCGGCGCUGAGGACUCCGAUGUCUCUGCAGCAGAUCCCAGUGACAUACUGAAGAACAUGAAGGACAUGGAUGAUAUGGACGCUGACCUUUUUUCAUCAAAGAAAAAGCUGAGUUCAGCUCCUGCUCAAACAAAGCAGUUCGGUAAUGAGGGGCCAAAGAAAGACUCCUCCGCGUUAGAAAGGAACGUAAAACCAGAGGGAGCAGACGAACCCACCCCAAGAGGGAAGAAGCCAAACUCGGCGCCUUCGUCCACGGCACAUAACUAUAAGAAGUUCACGUUCUCUGAUCUAGACGACCCCCUAGCUGAUCUACUUGAUGACUUGCUUCCAGAUGAAACCAAGCCCGAAUCUAAAUCUAGCACACAGCAGGCCAAAGCUGGAAAAUCUGCACCAUCUUCUGCCGCAUCUCUUAUCCCAAAGACUGAAACACCAAAGGCAGCAAAGAAACAAGCUGAUCUUACAUUUGAUGAUGAUAAGGAUGACCUAAUGGAUGCGCUCGGAUUUGACAGCGAUAAAAACAACCCCAAGAAAAAGGAGUCUGCGCUGUGGCCCAACAAGGAAAGGAGCGAGCCCCCUCAGAGACCUCGUACCAGACUGGAUGAGAUUCUGGAGAGUUUGCCUUCGCCUAGUCUUCUGGAGCGACCUCCGACGGGCGAAAGGAAGGACCAGCCUCAAGAAAAGCAGCAACAGGAGAAGACCUCCGCUGUGAAAGAAUCACUUUUAGAAGAUGACCUCACAUUUGGCUCCUAUCAGCCCACGCUGGUAUCCACGCCUGAAGGGCGCCAGUCCCGCAGACAGUCUGUCAGAUUUUCUACAGAGGAUGUCAGUUCCGCUACCCCAGAGAAGAAACCCAUACCCACCACCCCCACCUCCUCUCGACACCGCAACUCCGCUGACUGGCUAGGCCUCAAGGCAAACGUCGACCAUACCUUUGAUGCCAAAGAGACCAAGGCCUCAGCAGAGUCUCCAAAGGCUCCUUCCUCUCCUGUAGUAGAGAGAAGGCCCUCCCUGACGAGUAGCCACGUCACAUCUGCCGCAAAAACGGCAGCAGACACGCCAGCCCCGACGGAUAAUAUCACAAAACAAACUAAGCCGGAGGUCUCCAAAAGCCAGAAGAGAGAAGAGGAGGAUGACUGGUUAGCAGGGGCACUGAGCAGGAAGAAGGCUCUGUCAGUGUCAAACUCUGAGGCAAGAGCGUCGAAGCAGGAAGACUCUUUAGGCCUGGGAGAAGAAGAGUCGAUCGUCAGUAAACAAGUCACUUCACAAGCUCCCAGGGGCGGAAAGGACACUCUUACAUCUGUCAAGGAAACUAGCAACACUUUUCUUGGACAGCCGAGCCCCACUGCUCAUUCUACUCCUGUCAGAGAGAAGGGGACCAAGCAAGAUUGCCCUCCUCAAGUUACCGGUCCCUUGGCAGCCUCUUCUGCUAGCAUUAGCCACACCCAACCCCAGCCUCAGUCCCAACCCUACCACUUACCAUCCGAUAAGGGAUCCGGGGUGCCACGAGGGCCUAGUCAGGCUUCGGAUGAAACCCAGCAACAGCUGCCGUUGCUCAACCCUGUGUCUGCCAUACUGCCUGGCUCAAUGUGGUCAGUUCCACAGCAAACCCAAAUGCAAAAUACACCAGCUCCUGUCCAACAACAGGUGACACUUUCAGCAGACAGUCUGCAGCAGCUGCUUCUACAACAGCAGAUGAUGCAGUCUCAGUUGCUGGGUCUAGGUUGUGUCGUGGAUGCGGGGGCCCUGCAGAGACACAAGGAGAAAGAGCAGCAACCUGGAGACUAUCAAGCUUUACAGACUCGAAUCAUCCAGCUGGAGGGACAGGUGAAGACCCUGCAGCUGGAGCGAGACCAAAGCCAGAUGUUACUAGAAAAUGUCCAGCAGCGGCAUAAACAGGAUAUGGAGCUCAUGGAAAAAACACACAAGGCUCGAGUGAAGCUUCUUGAGGAAUCAGCAGCCCAGAGGGACACGCAAGCGCGGCAGGAGUGUGAAGACCUAAUGGAACGCCUGGCCGCGGUAACACGAUUGGCUGAGCAGGAACGCGCAGAGCUGCAGGCUCAGUACCAGCGCAAACUGGCCCAGGCCCAGCAAGACAGAGACCGCGAGGUGGAGAGACUCAGAGACCUCCAGAGGAAAUCUAUCUUGGAGAUGAAGAAGGACCACGAGGACCAGGUCCAGAGACUGAAGAAACUAAAGGAUGAAGAGAUUGAUGCGGUCACAAGCGCAACAUCUCAGACCAGGUCUCUUACAGUGGUGAUUGAGCAGAUGGAGCAGUUCUCCUCUCGGCUUGGAGAGCUUUCUUCCCGGGUGGAGAGCACACAUGAACACACGGCUCACGGCCUGGAGCAGGGAGCACGGCACAGAGACGAGCAGCUUCGAAUAAUGCAGGACCGUCUGGCCCAGCAGCAAAAAGCCAUGGCAGAGGAGAGAGCUUACCUCAAGGAAAUCAUUUCCAGGAUGGACACUCAGCUCAAUGAGCAGCAGAGACAGCUUGAGAAGGAACGCUGGAAGAUGACAGCAGACCAGGCCAAGGCAGAGUCUACCCAAAGAGGCCUGGAGGACGAGCGGCGUGCCCUCAGCAUGCAGAUCAACAUGGAAAGAGAGGAGCUGGAAAGAGCCAAGAGUGCAUUACUGGAGGAGCAGAAGUCAGUGAUGCAGCAUUGUGCAGAGGAGAGGAGGAAGCUGGCAGCUGAGUGGGCCCACUUCCACGCCCUGGAGAAGCAGAGGCAUGAGAGGGCCGAGCGGGAAGUCAGCAGUCUCUUGGAGAAGAGAGAGGGCUCCAUCAUCAGUCUGGCACAGGAACAAGCUGACCUAAAGCUUCAUACUGCAGAGCUGAAACAAAAGCAAAUGUCUGUGGCACAGGAGAGGGAGACUCUGGAAAGACUAAGAGAAGAACUGGACAGAGAGAAAGAGAGAAUAAGCAGCACCGCCUUGAGACUCAAGACACGAGCCCAAGAGGUGGAGGCCUUUAGCAAGCUUGCUGCAGAGAAGCACGAGGAUGGAGAACGAGCCUUGCAGGAGGCAAAACGUGUGGAGGUUGAGCACGAGGCAAGACUCAGGAAUAUCCAUACGCAGACCGAGCGGCUGAGGCAGCAAGAACAACGGAUCCUUCAGGAGCAAAUGCGGUUAAGUCAUCUGCAGAAGGAGACAGAGAGACCAAGACAAGACACUACAAUUUCCUCUUUACCACAAAUGAUUCCACCCGUGUUACCAGAUGCAGGUUCAGUGUCACCGAACCUUGAGCUGGCAUCAACCUUGAACAUUCCCCCUCCUAUUUCAUUUGCUAACCCUCAAGCCAUGGCUCUUCAGGCUAGUCUGGCUCUGUGGAAGUACACUGCAGAAAGGGACCGUGAAUACCUCCAAGAAGAGCAGAUCUUCUUGGAGAAUCUGAAGAAGAAAUCUUACAGAUCAUCUUUCAACACAGAUUGACCAAGACACACUGGGUGCUCCCAGUAGGAUCCCUGUUACUUUUCAUGUGCCCAA